AUGGCAAGUAGUGCUUCAUCGAAUACUGUACGUAUUGUGUGUAUAAGUGAUACUCAUUCACGGUAUCAUUUUGCACUUCCACCUGGUGAUAUUCUUGUUCAUGCUGGCGAUUUUACUUUAUCUGGUCAACAAAUUGAAGUAGAAGAUUUUAUAAAAUGGCUUAAAACUUUAAAUCAAUAUCGUUUAAAAGUAAUUAUUGCUGGUAAUCAUGAUCUAACGCUCGAACCUGAAUUUUACGAGCAAACAUGGCAAAAAUGGCAUCAUAGAGGAAAAGAAGAUUAUGAAAAAAUAGGACAAUUAAUUCGUGACCCAUCAUUAGCAACUGACCAUGGAAUUAUUUAUUUGGAACAACAAGAAUUUACUGAUGAAAAAACAGGAUUGAAAUUUUUUGGAAGUCCAUAUCAACCUGAAUUUUGUGGUUGGGCAUUUAAUUUGCCUAUUGAUAGUCCUCAAAUCGCGGAAGUUUGGUCAAAAAUACCGAAUGACCUUGACGUACUAAUUACUCAUGGGCCACCUGCUAACAUACUUGAUACAACUUUUACUGGUGAACAUGCUGGUUGUCCGCGAUUACUUACACGUGUUCAACAAGUCAAACCACGAUUACAUGUGUUUGGUCAUAUACAUGAAGCUUAUGGAUGCGUAGUACACGGUUCAACUACGUUUGUGAAUGCAUCAACGUGUGAUUUUCGUUAUAAGCCGAGCCAACCACCAAUUACUGUUGAUUUAGAAGUAAAAGGCACAAGAUGA